AUCGACUAUGUUGCGUUGGAGAAGGAUGUGAAUCGAGGCCGGAUCCAGCUAGUACUGGCGUCGGAAAUCCAAGAUCCGGAGGUACUGACUGAGGAUCCGAUAAGUUCGCAACCCCUGGAUCCGGACUCGCGGGGUCCGGAUCUUGAACCUAGCCAGCGAGAUCCGAACUCAUUAUCAGGGGAUCCUGCAUUCGACGGUGGGAAGGUGUCGGAUCCCGAGAAGGACAAUCUUGCAGAUCUGGACCCCCGGUGGAUCCAUGCUCACAUAUCCUUCAAGGUGUCAAAGGAGAAGAUCGCGACGACGCCGAUCCUACGCCACUUCGAUCCGGAUCGGCAAGCUGUGGUUGUUGUAUAUGCCAGUGAUUGGGCGAUCUCCGGUGCAUUAAUGCAGGAGUAUGAUCAGAUCAACUACCCAGUAAUCUUCACGAGCCGUACGCUGAAGUCUAACGAGUUAAACUACGGGAUCGCGGAAAAGGAGGUGUUGGCAUUGUUGCGGACCCUGGAUCUCAAUCAUAAUACUUUGGUUGGGAGGCCGAUUCGGUGGGCCGCGUUGCUUUCACCAUGGAUCCUCGAGAUCGUCAAGUGUAACAAGGGCGAGGAUAAGAUCCUGGGCACAUUAGCAGCCAGUAUCCCUCACAGGUCCGAAGUCGACAAAGCGCUGACUUCGAUCGCCCGGAAGAAACAGCUGAGACGCAAGAUCCAAGCCCCGAUCCCGACAGUGAGAUCGGAUGAGGAUCUGUAUGUUGCUAGCUUCGACGGAUCCGCCCGCGUCAAGCGAGGUGGAGGCGCCUACAGCGCGAUUCUGGGGAAAUUGCCCGAGUGGACUGUGGUGAAGGCCAGAUCCGGCUAUGCCGAAGGUUUAACUAUCAAUGAGGCUGAAUAUCACGGCUUUUUGUUAAGUCUUGACUUGCUGGAGGGGACGGAUCCGCUACGACUGGUGAUCUGUGUUAGAGGUGAUAUCGACUGCAAGGCGCCUGGAUUGGCAUUUAUAAGACAGAAGGCGUUGAACAGACUGUGGAUCCGGCCGGAUCAUGAGUUGCUAGAUCCAGGAUCUGGUCACAUCGAGAUAUUGGUGGUGAAAUUCGAGGAUCCGGUAGUGCAGAUCUCGGCCAUUACAACUAGAUCGAAGGCUAGAUCUGGCGUGAGAUCGGGAUCCAACCCCCCCCCCCUGAGCGAGGAAGUGAUCAGAGAGCUCAGGAUCGAGCGAAUCCGACAGACACAGGACGAGGAGGCGUGGAUCCACAGUUUGAAGAAAUAUCUGACUGGUGAAUUACGCGAUCUGACACAGGAAGAGGCUAGAUCUUGCGGAUCUAUCGCCAUGAAUUAUGAAGUGCAUCAUGAUCUUCUUUUCUAUUGCCCCACCACGAAAGAAUCAGCUGCGGACCGGGACAAACUGAUGCGACUGGUGUUUCCUGAAACGUUGCAUCAAGAUGUUCUACACUAUUAUCAUACCAGCCUCCAAGGUGGACAUCAGGGGAUCGGCCGUACUUUCGAUCGGAUCCGGUGUCAUUUUCACUUGAGAGGAUUGUAUCGGAGCGUGCAAAGAUAUGUCGGGGAGUAUGUUGACUGCGAGACUGGAAAAGGACGACCCCGGAUCCAGGGCGAAUCACCGGGUAAUCUUCAAGCGACUUAUCCGUUUCAGGUCAUCGCUAUGGAUUACAUCCCCUCAUUGCCCAGAUCCUAUAAAGGUAACACGGAGUUGUUGAUCUUCGAAGAUCUCUUCUGUGGUUAUGUGAUCGCCAAAGUGAGCGGAUCCAGGACGGCUCAGACUGUGGCAGAACCCUACGAGGAAUGUGUGUUUCACCGAUUUGGUGUCAGCGAAGUGAUCCGCCAUGAUCGUGAACCCGGAUUUAUGUCUGAUAUCUUUCGCGCGCUUACCAAAAUCCUGGAUCAGCGUCAACAGGCAACAAUGGCAUAUAGACCCCAGGCGAACGGAUCCGCAGCGAGGACGGUGCAGAUCACCACAAGGGCACUCAAAAUGUAUGUUCAAGAUACGGAUCAGCGAGGUUGGGACGAGUAUGCAGAGCGACUUACCUUCGCGAUCAAUACCGCUCGAAAUCGGAUCCUAGGAGAGAGACCGUUCUACAUGGUUCACGACUGGGAUCCGAUAUCCACACUGGAGCCGGUGAUUGUGGUGAAGUCGGUGAAACUUUCACCCUUUGGCGUACAGUUCUCGCUCUGGUCCCGAGACUUUAGGAGACUCGGAUGCACAUAG